AUGUCUUUGGAUAAAAUGCUCGAUCUUCAGCUACAGCUGAAGUUCACCGCCAAGCAAUUCUCCAAGAACUCCAUUCGCUGCGAAAAGGAACAAAAAAGCGAGAUGAACAAGUGUAAGAAGGCGAUUGAAAAGAACAACUUAGAGGGGGCUCGCAUCUAUGCCGAAAACUGCAUCCGAAAGAAGAAUGAGGCGCUCAACAACCUGCGCCUUUCGGCCCGCAUCGACGCGGUCGUCUCGCGCCUGGAGACGGCAAUCAAGACGAAGAUGGUGAUGAAGAAUAUGGGCCAAAUGGUGCGCGGAAUGGAGGUGAUGUUGAAGACGAUGGACCCUGCCCAGAUCGGCCACGUCAUGGAGGGCUUCGAGAAGCAUUUCGAGACAAUGGACGUGACGUCGACGUACAUGCAGGAGGCGAUCGGCGAUAGCGUCGCGACGACGACACCGGAGGACGAGGUCUCUCACCUCAUCGCGCAGGUCGCCGACGCCCACGGGCUCGACCUGAAGGUCAAAUUCGACGACAAACUCCGCAUUAACGAUACCAAACUGACCACACAAGCCCCGGAGGAGACGGUCCAGGAUAAGGAGAUGGUGGAGCUGGAGGAGCAGUUCGAACGGCUCCGUAGGCGUUGA